CAUCCACCGAUCUUUUAUUUUCAGUAGCAGUGGUUCAUAUAUGGAUACUCUUUUUCAGUACUGGCCAUCUAUUCUGGUUGCCACCCUUGUCACCGCCCUGUUGAUAUAUAAAUUUAUCAGUCAGAGUCGAAAGAACGGCGGAGUGCCAGAAGCGGGAGGCGCUUGGCCAGUUAUCGGGCACCUGCAUCUCUUUAGCAGCAAGGACAUCCUUUAUAGGACACUUUUUGGGUUAUCUAAAAAGUAUGGACCGGUGUUUAGUAUUAGACUCGGAUCCCAUAAAGCUUUGGUGGUGGGGAACAUGGAAAUGGCGAAAGAGCUUUUGACGGUCCAUGAUAAGGCAUUCGCUACCAGGCCAAGUUUAUCUGCCUCGAAGCUACUUGGUUAUAACUACGCCAUGUUCGGGUUUGCUCCUUAUGGGGAUUACUGGCGUGAGAUUCGCAAGAUAACCACCCUCGAGCUUCUCUCGAACCACCGGCUCGACAUGUCCAACUUCAAGCAGACACGAGCCUCGGAGGUGCUGAUCGGGAUCAAAGACUUAUACAACACUUGGAUGACGAAACGUAGCGGAGAGCAAGACGGUGUUAUGGUGGACAUGAAGCAGUGGUUUGCGGAUUUAACUCAUAACCUGGCGUUCAGAAUCGUGGUGGGGAAGAGAUACUACGGCGACACCGCUAAUUCCAAUGAAGGAGAGGCACGUCAAUGCCAGAAAUCGAUCAAGGAAUACUUUCACCUGUUUGGGACGUUCGUCUUGUCCGAUGCCAUCCCUUUUUUCUGGUGGUUAGACCUCGGUGGACAUAAGAAAUCCAUGAAAAGAGUAGCAAAAGAAUUGGACGUUUUCGUCCAAACCUGGCUUGACGAGCAUAAACACAAGAGAUCGUCCACUGGUGACCGGAAGGAAGAUGAAGAUUUCAUGGAUGUGAUGCUAACUAUCACCGAAGAUGCAAAGCUUAAUGGCUUUGAUGUCGAUGCAGAUACUAUCACCAAAGCAACUUGCCUGAAUUUGAUUCUAGGUGCAGCAGACUCAAACAUGGUUCCACUUAUCUGGGGUUUAGCUUUACUUCUAAACAAUCGGCAUGCCUUGAAGAGGGCCAAAGAAGAAUUGGCCAUCCACGUUGGAAAAGACAGGCAUGUGGAGGAGUCUGAUAUCAAGAACCUGGUUUACCUCCAAGCAAUUGUCAAGGAAACACUUCGUCUAUACCCACCGAGCCCUAUUCUGGCCCUUCGAGCAGCCAUGGAAGAGUGCACCCUGUCGAAUGGUUACCAUGCGACCCCAGGCACCCGGUUGCUGUUAAAUGCUUGGCAAAUCCAACACGACGAACGUGUUUGGACCGACCCCGAUGAGUUCAAGCCCGAGAGGUUUUUGACUACACAUAAAGACUUUGAUUUAAGAGGUCAGAAUUUUGAACUCCUUGCUUUUGGGGCAGGACGCCGGGCCUGCUCAGGCGUCUCACUGGCUCUCCAAGUUAUUCAUUUAUCAUUGGCUAGCGUGCUGCACUGCUUUGACAUUGAAACACCUGGUGGCCAACCGGUGGAUAUGACCGAGAGCGCUAGCUUGGCAAAUGUGAAAGCAACGCCACUUCAAGUUCUCCUUAAACCGUGUCUUAGUCCUCAGCUUUAUCAGCUUUAAGUCGAGCUAUGAACUAGAAAGCUGCAAUCUGCAAGUUUAAUAAUUUGGGAAAAUCACUCUUACUGUUUGUUUAAUAAGUCUUAUUUUCUCAUUUUCUGUGUACCAUAUGGAGUUUUUAAACAAAUGCAAUACUACUUUUGUUGUGAUAAUU